UUUAUUGUCGGGCGUCAUUUUCGCCACCACCACAUCAAGCGCCACCAUUUCUUGCAACAAUAUUUUGCACUUUCCGCAGCUGGUUUUGUAUACGCCACGGCGACUUUUAGGCUUCAGUCGCAUUUGGCAAUUUCGUGCGGUUUGUUGCUUCGGCGCUGGCCACACACAUAAUUUCCGCUGUGAGUGAUUGAAUAUUUCGUGCGUUUGCUUUGCAUCGAGUGGCCUUAUCCUGGCGUUUCCGCAAACAUGAAUUGGGCUCUUUCGAAUUUGACGGGCAGCAAUCGUGUCAGUCGCGCCAUACUCGUACGUUACUCCGCCGUGCCUUUAGCCUCCGACACAUCCGAUUCAGUGCCGCAGACGCCAUCUUCUGGCGGCGGUGUCGCCAAUGCAGCAACCGCCACAUUUCCGGGCUCCUUGUUCCUGCAUGCGUCGUCCUCGACGUCGCGCCACCAUGUUCCUGGUCGUGCUGUGCAACAGCGCAGUGGCACAGCCGCAACGCAGUUAUCACUGCCGCUGGAUGUGGAGGAGACAGUUACCUGUUUUUGUAGUGAUUUUCAGUGCUGGCCAUUGUCCGCCCUCAACUUGCUCGUAACACUGGAAUUAACCGCUAGUUUACAUAUGUAUAUAAUACUUUUAUUAUUCAUUUGCCGUUAA